AUGAACUGGUUAUCAUUACCCCCCGAGCUGCGCAAUAUGAUCUUAGAACGACUACUGGAUCACAAAGGGAUAGCUCCCUACGCGUCUGUCUCGAAAGAAUGGCGGCCUGUCAUCGAGAAAAGAAACUUUUCGCACCUGAAGCUUAAUACCACCUGUCUUGGUUUCCUCGCUCAGCUAGCCGAGGAACAGACAGCGCAGAUCGAUCAUAUCUGGCUCAAUGUUAAGCUCAAGAGUUACACAUGUGGAGUGUGUGGAAGCGAUGAGUCACUAACACGGUCUCUCUUGAACAACGGGAUCGUAGCAACAUCAGUCGCGAGCCUGUUUGACAUCUUGGCCAACUGGAACUGGAAGGAAGCCGAGCUUGAUCGACAUUUGACGUUAGAGCUCAACACCUACUCUCCAAGUGACUCCGAGCAUUGGUUCAAAUACUGCUAUUUCGGGACCCCUGGCGAAGACAAGUUUGAGGUUCUUGCACAGAGUGGCAGAGUCCACGAUCCGCAUCAUGGAUGGUGGCAUGGCCGCAAUACUAGACCGCCUCCGAAUGGGGCACUACGACGACCAUUCAAACCGUACUCCGCCAGUUUCUAUAGAGACGGCCAAGAGCUCCCCUUGGUGUACGCUGUAACCAAGUUUAUACUCCGGCGUCAAUGCCGCCGGCAACUCGACCCCUGGGCCUUAUCAUACCUCUGGUCAAAGCUGCCCCGGCUAAAGGAGAUCUGUUAUGAGCCAUGGCAAUUACUUCAGGGACCUUCUAAUCGCUUGUGGGAAAUAGGAUAUGAAAGGAUAAUGAGCCUAUCCCUGCAAGCCAGUAUCGAAAAGGUCACCAUCUUUGAGGACUUUAACGAGAAAUGUCUUGACCUACUGCAGCGCCCUCAGAGCCCUGUACUGUACCCAGCUCCAGACCGUGUUCGGGUACCGACUCCUGCUGUAGGUGCUGCAUUUGCGGCUAGAAGUCGACAACUCGAGCAUCUCUCGGUCGCGUUCCUGGUUGAUGCCCGUGAUUUCUUCAACAACUGUCAGUCCCAUUGGCGAUGGAACAGGCUAAGAUCUCUCUGGUUGACCUCCCGGGCGAUGUCGAAGACCACGGCCCGCGAAACCAACGAACUCCUGAAAAGAGCAGCGAUGAUAUCACUGAAUAUGCCCAAGCUCAAGAAGAUGGUUUUGUGGAACGGAUCAAAAGAGGAGGCUUGUUCAUUCACAUAUUGCCAAAGCGAUGAUGCUUCGCUCGUCUGGAAGGGAACUUGGGAUUUGAUGCUGGAAGAUGAAGUUCUUGAUGCCUGGAGGGCGGUCGUUGAGGUUGAAGUUGAGAAGCAGGUGUUGACGGACGAGAUUAAAUCCCAUGGGGAUGCUAUUAAGUAUCUGGGACUCCAGUCUGUGGUUGACGAGGUAUCUCUACAGCAGAUACGGGCAGAGAACAACAUCGACCAACUAUACACAUGA